AUGAGUCUCUUCACCACCCACUGUCCUUCAAUGGGGGUAAAACUCGAGUCCAUGCCCCCAGCAUACCACACCCAACCUCUCUACCGCGGUGCGACCCCCGGCUACGCCGAAACAGACCCAGACGAGCUCCGACGUUCGGACCCGCCGACGCCCGCGGGGUCCACAACCCCAAUUCGCUCUCUCUCGCGCCCCGUGACUCCCUUCCCCUCCUCCGCCUCUUCCCCAGACGGAGAAGGCAUAGGAAUGGUCCAGACACUCCGCUGCCCCCAAAUAAAUCUCCUCCGGCUUAUCGCUGCCUGCUGCUUGAACUUCUGUAAUGGAAUCAAUGACGCUGCGCCCGGAGCUCUGAUACCGUACAUGGAGAAGCACUACGGCAUCGGAUAUGCCAUCGUUUCGUUGAUUUUCUUGUCGAAUGCCGCGGGGUUCAUAUUUUCUGCUACGAUAUCGCAGGUCACUUAUGCUAGGAUAGGGCGGGCGAGGACGGUUUUGGUGGGGGUUCUGAUGAUGGUGUUGGCGUACGUAGUUGCUUCUGUCACCCCGCCGUUUGGAGCUGUUGUGAUGAGUUUUUUCUUGAUGGGUGGGGGGAUGAGUUUGAUUUUGGCGCAGUGUAAUGUUUUUGCGUCGAGUUUGGCGGGGAGUACCACUGCUUUUGGUUAUGUGCAUGGUGCGUAUGGGCUUGGUGGAACAAUAUCCCCGCUUAUUGCUACAGCUAUGGCUUCCCGUGGGAUCCUCUGGUCGAGGUUUUACCUCUUGCUCCUGGGAAUUGCCAUAUUCAAUUCCUUCCUGGCGACGUACGCCUUUUGGAACAGCGAGAAGGAUAGCACGCCUGUCCGGCUCCCUGGGGGUAAUACGGGCGUAUUAUCUACGAAGGAUAUCCUUAGGAAGAGUAUCAAGAACAAAUACACUCUUUUGACUGCGAUUUUCAUAUUUGCUUAUCAGGGCGCAGAAGUAGCCAUUGGCGGCUGGACGAUCUCCUUCCUAAUCACUGCCCGCGCCGGGGACCCUGCCGAAGUCGGGUACGUCGUCUCCGGUUUCUGGGCCGGUAUAACCGUCGGCCGGCUCGCCCUCAGCCACCUUUGCACGCGCAUCGGCGAGCGCCUAUCCGUCUUCAUCUUGACCGCAGGCUCAAUAAUAUUCCAAGUCCUCGUCUGGACGGUCCCUAACAUUAUCUCCAACGCUGUCUCUAUCGCUCUCGUCGGUCUGCUACUUGGACCGCUAUACCCGUGCGUCAUGACUAUUACUACGAAGCUUAUUGAUAGGAGGUUGCAUGUAUCCUCGUUGACUUUUAUUUCUGCUUUUGGGAGCUCGGGCGGUGCGAUUGCGCCAUUUACGACCGGUAUGCUGGCGAGUAAAUUCGGUGCUUGGGUUUUGCAUCCGGUUAGUAUUGGGAUGUUUGUUGCUAUGGAGGGGAUUUGGUUUUUGUUGCCCAAGGUGAGGAAGAGGGAUGAGUAAGUAAGAGGGGGUCUUGGAUGUGUUAUAGAAUUUGGUUGUUGCGGUGAGGUUGUUUCUUUUUUUCUUUUUCUUUCUUUUCUUGGGGGGGGGGGGGUUA